AUGGCGCGAAACCACGACCACUGCACGAUGAUGGCUCAACUCAAGACGACCGACAUCCACGAGGAUUACAGUGUAUUCUGGGAUCAAACCAUUGGCAACGGCACCAACGGGCCAGUCUUUGCGUGUGUGCACAAGGAGACGAGCAAGCAGUGUGCGUUGAAAUGCCUGCCUGGCAAUGAUGCUGGCCUGCGGGAGGCCCACCUACAUCAGCAGCUGGCAGCCCACCCGUGCAUCGUCCCCGUCAUGGACGUCUAUGACGCCUCCAUCACCCUCCCUGGCGAGUAUGUGCCUGAGCGGCGGGUGCUGCUGGUGACGGAGCGCAUGCAGGGCGGCGAGCUGUAUGACCACAUCACGCAGAACAGGAAAUUCAGCGAGAACGACGCGCGUGUGAUCAUGCGCCAGCUGGCGCAGGCCGUUGCCCACUGCCACCGCAACGACGUGGCCCACCGCGACAUCAAGCCCGAGAACUUUCUCCUGCACACGCGCGGCGACGCAACGCGCAUCUGCCUCACGGACUUUGGGUACGCCAAGCAGGACAACGGCGACCUGCACACGCCCGUCUUCACGCCGUUCUACGUGUGCCCGCAGAUCCUGGAGUCGCUCACCAUUGAGCAGCGCAAGCAGCACGGCACGCUACCUGCGCACCACCGCUUCACGUACGACAAGCGGUGUGACAUGUGGUCGCUCGGGGUGAUCAUGUACAUCCUGCUGUGCGGGUACCCGCCCUUCCGCCCAAACCACGCCAGCAACCCGCUGCCCUUUGCCAUGCGGCAGAAGAUCAAGGCCGGGUCGGUGCACUUCUCGCCGCGCCACUGGCAGGACGUCUCCAACACGGCCAAGGAGCUCAUUCGCCACCUCCUGCACGUGGACGAGCGCAAGCGCCUUGAUGCAGAGCAGCUGCUGCUGCAUCCCUGGAUGUGCGAGGGCGCACCCUGUCUCGACGACAGCAUGCUUGCUGGCGCAAGCGUGGGCAGCAGCAGUGGUGGUGGUGGCGCCCGCAGUAGCCGCAGUGGUAUUGUGACAACUGCCAGGCCAGAGGAGACCGUGAGUGAGGAGAGCCACGGCGAUGAUGGAGAUGAUGAUGAUGAUGAUGAUGGUGGUGAUGAUGAUGGUGGUGAUGAUGAUGAUGGUGAUGAUGAUGAUGGUGAGGAUGCAGCACGGCCAACGACAGCGACCACACCAACAGUGUCAGAAAACGGAGAGGAGAGGCGAGGCGAACGAGUGACAAACACAUCCCCACCACCGCCGACACCGCCACCGCCUGGUAGUCGUCGCAUCACUGCCGCACUCACCCCAGUCGACUGCUGCGAGUGA